UGCAGUUGUGGCAGAAUGUCAUCUAAGAAAACAAAAACCAUGUUUACUGAAAAUCAAGGUUGUGUCAAGACACAUCUCAGGCAUCCCACAACAUUUGAAGUUGGAAAUAAGAAUUUAAGAGGAAGCGUUCUGAAUCUCAUAUUACCUGCAGCCCAGUUGAUAAUACUUCAAGUUGACUAUAUCGUGGAGUAUGACUAUGAUGCCAUACAUGAUGAUGAGUUAACAAUUCGAGUUGGAGAAAUCAUCAGAAAUGUGAAAAUAUUAGAAGAGGAAGGAUGGUUAGAAGGGGAGCUGAAUGGAAAAAGGGGCAUGUUCCCUGACAAUUUUGUUAAAGAAGUUAAGAAGGAUCCAGAACCUAAGGAGGAUGAUUUGCCAAUCAAGAGGGAGAGACAUGGAAAUGUAGCAAGCCUUGUGCAGCGCAUGAGCACCUAUGGUUUUCCAGCAGGAGGAUUUCAACCCCAUCCUCAAUCCAAAAGCUUAAAAAAGAAGUUAAAGAAGCGGCAGUGUAAAGUGCAGUUUGAGUAUAUUCCACAGAACGAGGAUGAACUGGAGCUCAAGGUGGGGGAUGUUAUUGACAUUAAUGAAGAGGUAGAAGAAGGCUGGUGGAGUGGAUCACUAAAUGGCAAGUCAGGAUUAUUUCCUUCAAACUUUGUAAAAGAAUUAGAAUUGACAGACGAUGGAGAAACACAAGAAGUCCUGGAUGAUGCAGAGUCUGUUUUCACUGGCUCUUCUUCACCUGUGACCUCUCCAGGGAAUGGAAAUGAACCUGGAGCUGGAUCAAUAGCACAACCAAAGAAAAUCCGAGGUGUUGGGUUUGGAGAUAUCUUUAAAGAAGGUUCAGUGAAACUUAAAACGAGAUUAUCCAGUAAUGAUUCAGAGGAGAAAAAGCAAGAUAAGCCAUCACCUAGCCUUCCAGCAGGACCAAAACCAACCCAGUUUCCUAGUGUAACAAAAGGAGAACCUACAGCUGAUGUAACAAAAGUAGAUACGGAAAGCAAACCAAAAGCCAAGGAAUAUUGUAGGGCUUUAUUUGCCUUUGAAGGUUCAAAUGAAGAUGAACUUGGUUUUAAAGAAGGCGAGAUUAUCCAGAUAGUAAGUAAGGAUACUGGAGAGCAAGGAUGGUGGAAAGGAGAGAUUAAUGGUAAAGAAGGAAUCUUCCCAGAUAACUUUGCUGUUCAAAUUCAGGAGUCCGAUAAAGACUUUCCAAAGCUAAAGAAGCCACCACCUCCUGUUAAAAGUCCAGCUCCAAAGCCGGAACUUCCAGUAGGAGAGAAGAAAUUUCUUCCUUCUAGAUCUGAAGAAAAAGAUGAAAAAGUACCUCCAGAUCAGAAGCCUUUUAAGCCAGUAGCUCCCCAAGUACCACCCAAAAAACCUGCACCUCCCAGCAAGAGUAAUAGUGUAUUUAGAACUGGAAUUCUAAAACGACCAGAUAAACCAGUCUUACCACCUCCCGUGUCCAAAUCGAAUGGGGAAGUGGUUUCCCUUCGACCAAAAUCUGAAAUUGAGCCACUAAUAAAGCCAAAGUUAGACUCUGAACAUUUACCGCUUAGACCAAAAUCAGUAGAGGUAGAUUCAGUUGCAGUAAAGAGCUUUAAAGAACCAGAUCUUUUAAGUUUUGAUGAUGUAAUAGCUACCUCAGAUAAUCUGUCACAUCCUACUGCAAGCAGACCGAAGAUGCCUGGCAGGAGGCUGCCUACUCGUUUCAAUGGCAACAAUUCUCCAACUCAAAAUGAGAAUACAGAAAAAAUUGUGAAGGUGCAUAAAGAGGAGGAGGAAAGUGCCAAACCAAAGCCAUCUGAAGUUAAAAAGCCACCUGUGAUCCCUUCACCUCUGUCUACAUCUCCAAGGACAAAUUCUGUUGUACUCAGUUCAACUCCUGGAGAAAUCACAGUUAAAGACCAAAUAGAUGAUGGGAGAAAAAAUUCUGUGGAUGAUCUCAGGGCUCAGAUUAGUGAGUUGUUGAGCAUUGUAGAAGCACUGAAAAAAGAACACGGGAAAGAACUGGAAAAAUUAAGAAAAGAUUUGGCGGAGGAGAAGAUGAUGCGAAAUAACCUAGAGGCUGAAAUAGAAAAGCUGAAGAAAGCAGUCAUGUCUACAUGAGUCAGCCAAAGUCUCUGCUGCUUUAACUUGCCAGGAAUUCAAAGUCAUAAUACAAAUAGAACUGACUAUUUUUUACUUCAAAAUAACGAAUGCUGGUGUUCAAUGGGCCUAGAGGGGGGAGAAAAAAGAGUAAAAAGGAAUAUAGUCUUGUAUUCAGAGAGAUGAAGGAAAAGAAUGUUGUAAUUUUUUGCCAAUAUAAAAGAGGCCUUAUUUCUUACUGUGCUGGAAUUGCAGACCUUUAUUUUCUGGUUUGCUUGAAAAUACUACUGAAUCUGUCUGUAUAAAAAGAAGAGGGAGUUCAUAAUAGAUUUAUAUUGAAUACUUGUAGUGUAAUUUUUAAAGAGAUCUAUACUAUAAAUAGGGAGGUAUAUCUUUACAAGUAAUCUGUAAGAUAGUCAAUUGGGAGGGAUGCAGUAGUGUAAUAGUUAUUGUAGUCUACUUUUCCCGGACACACAGAAGGGAAUAUAUGAUAUUUGUAUAUUUUAGAAUUCUUCCCCAGGAUGAUACUGUUGUGCCUGUCUGCAGUGAGAGUAUUAGAAAUAUUUUGUUUUUUUAAUUUGUUUGAUGAAACAAGAACUUGGUAAUGAUAUGUGGCAGAUUAAUCACCUAUGCAUAUUAGUAAUUAAUAAUCUAAUCAAAAACAUUUUGUCACAUGCACUAAAAGGAUUCACAAAAGGGAUUUAGGAUUGAACCAUGUCACUACUGUAGGACAAAGUUACUUCUUAAAACCACAAAAAAAGAGAAAAAGAAAUCCAGAGUUAAGGUUAAAUUCAUCUUAAAUUCAACCUGUUGUGCCUAGGUAUCCUAUCACAUGGCUGCAAAAUCAGCCUUACCUCUGGAUUAUUCUGUUUUACUGAAUUUAAAUCUAGCUCAUCAGUCUUCAGUGGUUUGUUUCUUUUUACAGUAAUAGUAUUAAAAAGAACAUUUUAAAAGUUUCCUUCAUAUGAAUUGCAGCUUUCAGAAUCUUCACUCAGCCAUGUGCAUAUAUACAUACACAUUAAUCCAGUCUUUACAGUUGGGCAGUUGUUACCUAAUAGACACUGAUGAUUCCAGAAAAAUCACUUUGGGCUUUUAUGUAAAUAUUGAGAUUUUUUUUAAAGAGUAUUACUUAUGCCAUAAACCAUAAGCUGUCAGUGUGUUAUGUAAAUCCAAAUUUAAUCACUUUUUAAAGAAAUAUAUAUUUUCACAUGAUAGAUUGGAAGAGCUUCUGAUGAAUCAUGUCGAUCUCCAACACAAUGUCUUUCAUGUAUUCCUCGUGGGGAAAAAAAAGAAAACUUGCAGGUCACAUAGUACCUAACCCCUGAGGGUAGUUCAAAUCUCGAAGUAAUAAAUACUGGAAAUCUAUUCCAUGCUUUCUUCCUCCCUCCCACCUUAAUUCAUAUUUUAUUAAUGCUACAAACCUACAAUAUCCAGCUUUCUGUUUUAAAAGCCAAUUAAAAUGCAACAAUCUCCUCAUCUCUGAUUGACCUAGCAGAAUAUAGCACAUUCCCUAGUUUGAUAAGCUCACCAAUAAAUAAUCUUGGCUUAUAAAACACCAUUUAGAUUUCUGUUCAUGUAAGUAUGUGGGGGUAAUAUGUAGAUUUAUGAAGUAAAAUUUUUAAUCACCUUUCCAUACUUGGUACACAAUAAGUGUCAAACAUCAAGAGAAUGAAUUGCAUGAUGUUUGUCUGCAAUUGCUGAUUACAUUUUUCAUUAAAUCUGAUUAGUAAAUAUAUUUUAUAAGUUUUAGGAUAUAUUUGAGAGACAUUGCUAACAAGCUAGUUCAAUAUUAACUCUUAAUUGCCUCGAUGCAAAUGAAGACUUGAGCCGGAACUUUCUAUCCAGAAAUAAUCGGCAACAAUAGAGCUUCUGUCAGACACUAAACUUCACAUUUAGAACUCUUUUACCUCUUUGCCUAAGUCUGAUGAUGGAAAGCAAGAAAUGAGCCUAAUAUUAAAAAAAAAAAAAAAAAAAAAAAAGCUCUUCACUGUGACCAGAGCAUAAAACAAAUUCUGGAUACGUUGCUCUAUGAUAAUUUUCAUGGUUGCACUCAAGCUUAUAGCAGCUGAGCAGAACAAGACAAUCAAUUAAAUUAAAAGUCAAAAGGUGUUAUGAUAAGUUAAUGGCCUUUUUCGCUGUAGCAAUAAAUGAGCAAGUGCAAUGACUUGAUUUAAUAAAAAUCAUCUUUUAAAAGUCGCUGCUAUGAGUAUUUUUAGCCAUAAAGAAGUCAGCUGAAUACAUGUCUGUCUUGCCUAUGAUUAGUAUUGUGUAAUACCAAUGGAGGAUGGGAAGGGUAAUGUUUAUACAGACAUUCCACAAAAUACAAGUUCCUUAAAGCAUAAUGCUUCACUGACUUGUUUACAGGUGCUGUAAAAAUCAUGCAUGCUAUCAAUACAACUCCAGCAAAUAAAAAACCAAACCAAA